AUUCCAAGAGCAUCCGAUCGGGGGAUAUUCUCGCCGUAUGCCAGUCACGGGUAGAAGGAAGGAGUUGCGAGGAGCGAUCGUGUUGUGCCAGUUCAAUGCUGGAAGCGUGUGUUGUUGUUUAGCUACUUAUUUUAGGGUUCUUGGACAGCGAGACAGGCGAAAUUUUCUUCUUCGGUCGUUUGAUCCGGACAGGGGAAUGGGGCCACCACAGGAAGCGCGUUGCGGCACGCCAGCGUGCGAGCAAAGGCGGACGUCCUCAUCGCGCGGUUCCGCGAUUGGUCGAUCGGUCGAUUCUUGAUUUUGAUUGUGCUCUGUCUCCCUAGGGCUUAUGGCGGCUUGUUAGGGCUCGUCGGCUCUCUCUCGCAAUGGCGGCAGCUCCAGCGCUGCUCGUCUUCCUCCUCGUCUUUGCCGGAUCGCUCUCGACCGCGCGAGCGAUUUACUGCGGCGACGAUGAUUGCUACGAUCUCCUCGGUGUAACACAGGCUGCUACUGGAGCCGAGAUCAAGAAGGCUUACUACAAGCUCUCACUCAAAUAUCAUCCUGAUAAGAAUCCAGAUCCAGAUGCAAAGAAGCUCUUUGUGAAGAUUGCCACUGCGUAUGAGAUACUCAAAGACGAUGUCAAACGAGAGCAAUACGAUUACGCUAUCGCGCAUCCUGAACAGUUUUUCUACAACACUGCUCGCUACUAUCAAGCAUACUAUGGACCUCAAGCGGACCUGAGAAUCGUCUUCGCCGGCCUACUUGUGAUUUUGUCGGUCUUCCAGUAUGGAAACCAGUGGACUAGGUACAAACAGAUGAUGGAACUUGUGAAGCAAACUCCAGCCUACAAAAACCGGUUGAAAGCAUUGGAGCUGGAAAGAGGUGGCAGCACGAACAAUAAGAAGAAAAGCAGCAAAACAAAGAGGGAGGAUGCAUCGAAGGAGAUCAGUGAAUCCCUGGAGCUGCACGUUGAAGGCAUCGAGAGGCCAUCUGUCUGGACAUUGAUUGCCGUUCGCUUCCUUCUGCUUCCUUACGCCUGUGGAAAGUUGGCACUGUGGCAACUGCGAUGGCUGUGGAGAUAUCAAGCGAAAAAGCUGGAUCUUGCCUGGGACGACGCUGCAUAUCUCACCCGGCGCAGCCUUGGAAUGCAUUCAAAGGCCUGGAACAGCAUGAACGAACUCUCCAAGGAACAGCUCGUCUCGAAGCACUUGUGGAUACGAGAAAACAUGGAAGAAUUUAGAACCGAAACGAGGAGAGAGUCAAGGCGCAGGCGAUGACAAAUCGCUUUUGUUUUCGUCGAUAAGAGCGUUGUUUUGUUUUGUUUAUCAAGAUUCUUGACGUUGAUCGACAAAAGAUGCGAAAGAAGAGAGAGACCUUAAAACAAUGUUAUUAA